GUUUUGAGCCUUUCCCUAGCCUAAUCAGCAAUACUUGUGUCUCACAUUGCAAAGUACUCUGAAAGCAAUGUCUGGGAUUAGAGGAUGGAGGCAAGGCAGCAGGUACAGGACAGCUGCUGGCACUAGUACUCCGUUUUCCUCUCAGGGUUACCCCUUGGAUGGCAACAACAAAACAGAGAAGGGUACAAACACCCAGAAGCUGACAACGUCUGGAGAGGAACAAAGCAGCCCAGCACCAGUCUACCAACAACAGCAAGAGCAGCACUUAAACCCAUAUGUCUUGGUAACUCCAGAUGAAACCAGAAGAAAGAAGUUACAGCAAAUUGCUAAGAAAGAGCUAGAUGACCUGGAGCGGUGGAAGGAAGACCACAGGCCAGGGCCGAUUACGCUGGUUCCACAGAGACUGGGUGGAAAGGAAUCAGAGGCUCAAGCAAGGCAAAACCAGCAAAUGAUGCUCAUGCAAUCUAAAUACCAGCAAAAGCACAAGAGAGAAGAAUAUGUAAAAGCAAGAAAGGCAGCUGAAGAAGCUGAAAUCCUGAAAAAGAAAACAAUUCAGAGAGAAAAGGCAGAGAGACUUGAAGUUAAAAAAAGACAACAAGAAAUGCAAAGAAGAGAGAUGUUUCUUGGAGAUCAACUGUACAAAACCAAUGAAUUAUUGAACAGAUUGGACGUGGGUUUGCCAAAGAGUGAUUCCUGUCAGAUUGCUAAUCCUGGCCCAGAAUCUACAGCAUGGACACGAAGCCAUGCUUAUAAGCAAGCUCUUCGAGAGGAUGAAAACAGAAGAGUAGAGGAAAUGAAGCAAGAACAACGGAGGAAGGCUGAAUUAAUGGAAUUUAAACAAAAGCAGGAAGAGGAAGCCAGGAUAAGAGCGCAUCAAAAUGAACAGAGGAGGGUAAAUAAUGCAUUCCUGGACCGACUCCAGAAGAAAACACAACUUAAUAACAGCUACCAACCUGGAUAUACUGGACUACCUCAUUAAUGGCACAAGGAGUAUUGGAGAAAUAUUCGCUUUUAUCUGGCCUAGGCAAAAUGACUUCAUAAAAGCUCCAAGAAACCGCUUCUUUAUCAUUGUGAUUUUUUUCUUACGCUGACUUCAGCUGCACACCCACUUCAUGAGCAAUCUGCAGAGACUGGUUCCUAGCUGUCAUUAUUCAUACAUAUUUGAAACAGUUGAUUAUGAAAGUCUAUUUAAUUUUUAAUAAGAAUAUGUGUCCUUUUUUUUCAUAAAUUGUUUUGCCUCAUGCAGAAUGUAAUUAUCCCAGUCUUUGGGAUCUCAGAAGAAGGAGACGUUAGUGGCUGCAGAAACUGCAGUAAUAUCUGCGUUUACUUGCUGCUCUAUACCGGGACAAAAACAACUUGGAGAGGAACUAAAGAAGAAGGUAGAUGGUUUUCUUUUGGAAAGGCAAUUUUGUGAAAUUGUUUUACUACUAUAUUCAACAACAGACACUGAAGAAGAAAUGCAUGCAUUAUAGACAGGAUAUUUUAAAUAUGUUCUUAGAAAAAUACAACACAUGAAAGAAAUAAAGCUUGAAAUAACACUGAAGUUUAUUUUAUCACUCCACAACUUUGGCGGUAUGAUAUACUAUUUUUUCACUUUGCCUGUUUUACCUUGGUAACUUCUGUUACAUGUGUAGGGAAAACUACUCCUAGGUUAACUUUAGUUUCUUGCUUUUGUUUGUCCCUCUAGUCUAAUGGAAUUUAAUUUGAGUCUCCCUGUUUCUGAGAAAGUUGGGAACACUUUAAUGCUUUCCAAAAGUCAGAUGCAUGACCAAGAUAUUUCUUUUGUGAAAGAAAGGUCUACAAUACACGUUACAUAAACCACGCAGAGAAGAAAAAGUAUCUGUGUCAUUUACAAGUACGUCUUAGGCAAAGUUAAAGGUUUACGGAGCAGUUUUGUUCAGUGUGCAGGCAUACCAUGAUGUUUUUCCAUCACUCUAGCAAUAUGGAAACUUCAUAAUGAAUCAUCUGAAGUUUUCUUUUGAACCACUGAUGUGUCAAUCUUUCCUUUCUCCUCUGGGACACUCUGUAGUUGCCCUUGGCUCUGUUUGCCUCAAAGAGUUACUCAAAUCUCUCAUACUACUAGCUAGCUGAUGUUCAUAAGAAGUGCUGGAGAUCUUGGCAAUAUUCUGUGGUUUAGCCAUUAUUUUAGGUAUAUGACGCUGGGAAAAUUCCUUGGGAAGACUUUUUCAUCCCUACAUAGUGGCAAUGUAUUGCAAACAAUAUUUGACUGUGUCGUUGGGCUUUUGCUUUGGAAAUUAAAUUUACAUUUGUCUCCAAGAACUCCUUUACACAGCCUUCUUUGACAGAUAUCCAGACAUCUGCAGAGUGGGCUAUACAUACAUGCAUACACAUAUAUUUUAAAGGAAAUGUCC